UUUUCAUUUCAAUGGCGAACGUCUAAUAACAACUGCGGAGUGAUUGCGUUUGCGUAGGAAAACUUUCCUUGUCAUAGAGUCUAUCGAGCCUAGGCGGUCAUCCAUACUACUACUAGCUGUCGCUUAGACAUGUCUGUCACCACGGGUGCGCCACCUGGUGCCGGUGGAAUCAGCAAAGCUGUCGUGGUCGCUGCCAAGAAUGCCGUACAGAUUCCAGGGGUUGUCAAAUCGGACGCCAUGAUCAAAGUGGCGUCUCGAAAAGUCUUGGAUGAAAAUUCGUAUACAGAGGACGUCGCUAAGAUCAUACAGCGGGAUUUCUUCCCGGACGUGCAGCGACUGCAGGCACAGACAGAAUACCUCGACGCUCUUGAGGCUAACGAUGUGCGGAAGCUGAGAGAGCUGCACACACGAUACGGACCCAAACUCAGCGGCGUCCUGCCGACACCCGACGCAUAUCACACGCCGGCGACCUUUGACACACCCGAACCAAGUCACCGGAAUACUCCGAUGGGGAUUGCAUCUACAUCCGAGAACAAGGAAAGUGUGGCUUCACAGGAAGCUGACUGCAAUGAUGAUUCCACAGAGAAGAAAGGGUCGGGCCGAGGCCGUUACCCUCGUCGUCCGGCCGAAGGGGAACACGCCGACCGACAGUUGGCUGCCAUGGCGCUACCUUCCAUAGAGCAGCAGGCGAUUACCAACGGCAGUCAGCCAAUCAACACCUGGCACUACACGACCAAGAACACGGUCAUGUACCCGCCUGACGGCGCGCCCCUCACAGCCGAUGAGCUGGUAGCGCGACCGCUGCAGCCGCGCGAGAUCGUCCAUGACAACACACGCUUUGCUUACAACCCGUUCAACCAACGGAAGAGCAGCGAGGCGCUUGCUGCCGCUGCCAGCACUCACAAGAGGGUGCUGCAUGGCCGCAUCGGCGCCGACGGCAAGGAGCUGUUGCCCGAGGACGACGGGGCGGCGGCGGCGGCGGCGGGGCGCGGCUACGUGCGGACACCGUCUCCGCAGCCGGGCCCCGGCGCGACGCCGCUCAUGACGUGGGGCGAGAUCGAGGGCACGCCGUUCUUGCUGGACGGCAGUGACGUGCCGCUAGCGCGCACGCCCGGCCCGUCGUUCCAGCUGCCGCAGGUGCCGCGGCGCGACCGCCUUGGCAUGAAGCUAGCGGAGAAAAGCGGCCGUCAGCACCGGCAGCGCAAGCAGGCAGCACUGCAGCAGGCGUCGCUCGCGCUCACGACCCCGCCCGGUCGCUUCGGGUCGCAGAGGUCAGCGGACCGCCUCGAGCUGAUGUCGCCGGCAGCGCAGCGUCUGCUAAGCAGCAAGCUGGGGAUCCGCGUCGGCACUGACCGCGCGCUGCAGGCGAGCUACACGCCUAGCCCCGCACGCGCCGACGCUACACCCAUCGCUCCCGGCACCCCGCACGCGUCCACGCGCACCCCGGGGAGCGGUGGCGGCGUCGCCGCGCCAACGUACGAGGCAGCGUCCAUCACCGACAACCUGCUGCAGCUGCCGAAGAGACACAAGGCGAGCGACUUUUUCUAACGAACGAUUUUUUUUUGGCGACAUUUUAAAUAUCAACCGAUUUUUAAAACGAGUCUUAACGUUUUCACCACGUUUGUGUUGUACAUAUUUUGACGUGUAUGCGGGUAUGGGAUUGUGUGAUCGUGUCGUUGAUAGAGUAGAAUAUGUGAUCUUCUGUGUGCUCAUGGUUUGUAAUGUUGAUCAGAGAUGAGGUUACAAGUGGUAAAUGUUGGAUGGGUAAAGUUCUGCUUGCAAUAAUGUUGUAAAAUACGUUGUGUAUGUACAUAUAUAUCUACUGUCGUAACUAUAAUGCACAGAAGUAAAAAACUGAAUAAACCAUAGAAUAUUUUGUAA